AAAGUGCCCUUUUUUUUGUCUUAGUUUCUCUCCUCCUGUUUUUCGCUUCACAGGUAGCAACCAACAACUUACAUAUCGGCAAUGGCGGCGUCUGCUUCACUGUACUCAACUCGCGUACCGACUCAGAAUCCGAAUACGGGUCAUGGAUUUCCGGUGAGAACAACAUCGGAAUCUGUACAAUUUCUGGCGAGAUCCCAAGACUCCGACGGAAGGAGGAAUGCUACUGUCAGGGUUUUAGGACGACGGAAGACUCUCAUCGCCGCCGCAGGUUCCACUGGUAAAGCCAUCACCGCCGCGUCUGAGUCAGUAGCUCCGGCGGGUCGUGAGAGGGUUCGACGCCAUACUAUUUCAGUGUUCGUGGGAGAUGAGAGUGGGAUUAUAAACCGGAUAGCUGGUGUCUUUGCUAGAAGGGGUUACAACAUCGAGUCUCUUGCUGUUGGAUUGAAUGAAGACAAGGCUCUCUUUACUAUAGUUGUUAUUGGGACAGACAAAGUUUUGCAGCAAGUCGUUGAACAGCUUAACAAGCUUGUGAACGUCAUCAAGGUAGAAGAUAUUUCCAAGGAGCCUCAGGUAGAACGUGAAUUAAUGCUCAUUAAACUUAAUGCUGAUCCAACCACGCGCACUGAGAUCAUGUGGUUGAUUGACAUCUUUAGAGCAAAGAUAGUGGAUACUUCGGAGCGAUCUCUGACAAUUGAGGUCACUGGAGACCCAGGAAAGAUGGUUGCUCUACAGAGGAACUUAGAGAAAUUUGGAAUAAAGGAAAUUGCCAGAACGGGGAAGAUUGCUUUAAGACGGGAAAAGAUGGGGGAGACAGCUCCAUUUUGGAGGUUUUCAGCUGCAUCAUACCCUGAUCUGGUGGAAAAUUCUUCUCAUGCAACUGUCAUAGUGAAGUCAAAGCUUUCAUUGAAUGCCAACGGCAAUGGCACUGCAUCUUCAAGGGGUGACGUUUAUCCGGUGGAACCUUAUGACGACUUCCAACCAGUCCUCGAUGCUCAUUGGGGAGCGGUCUAUGAUGAAGAUUCAACUGGAAAACGUUCUCGUACGUUAUCUAUUCUCGUGAACAACUCGCCCGGAGUCCUCAACGAAAUAACAGGAGUUAUCUCCCGUAGAGGCUAUAACAUCCAGAGCUUAGCUGUUGGACCUGCUGAAAAAGAGGGCAUCUCUCGGAUCACGACAGUUAUUCCAGCAACCGAUGAAAUGAUAAGCAAGUUGGUUAGGCAACUUCACAAGUUGGUAGAUCUUCAUGAGGUGAGAGAUAUGACCAACUUGCCAUUCGCAGAGCGAGAACUGAUGCUUAUAAAAGUAGCUGCUAACACAUCUGCAAGGAGAGAUGUCCUCGACAUUGCCCAGGUCUUCCGUGCUAAAGCCGUUGAUGUGUCCGAUCAUACUAUCACUCUCGAGGUCACUGGUGAUCUCAGAAAAAUGGCUGCACUUCAGACCCAGUUAGAGGCGUACGGAAUCUGCGAGGUGGCUCGGACUGGAAGAGUGGCUCUGGUCCGAGAAUCCGGUGUGGACUCAACGUACCUCCGUGGAUACUCUCUUCCUUUGUAAGGGACUCGGUGGAAGCUUCACCAUUGGAACGGUUAAGGCGCGUAUGUAGUUCAGCAUGUGCUUAUGCGUCCAUAUCAUGUUCAUGUACUUGAAUUUCAUGUAACCUUGUCUCUUGUCUACCACAUGAUAAAAUGCCAUAGUUGUAAUACAAUGUAGACUGUUCUGACUAAUUUAUUUCUUGAUUUCCACGUUA